GCUGCGGGAGAAAGAGGUUGGAGCAGAGGAUCGGACGCGUCCACCCUUGGCUGCUGGCGCCGCUGAGCGCCUGGGGCCGUGUGGGGGCACUAGAGCUUGCACAGGCUGUUCAGCGGUCGAGCUGUCAGCCCGGGGCAGGGCGGUGCCUUGAGGUCCGGUGAGCUCUGUUCUGCUCUUCUCCGAGGUGAUCGGCAGGAGGAAGAGGGACUAGGUCCAAACGCCAGGUGUCUGUCCAGGUCCCUGGCAUUUUGACUGUUCCUGCGGAUAGCUACUUGUUCAGAAGUUCCGGAAGGGACCCUGUUCCCACCAGAAUUUUUGCUGCAUGUGGUUUUGUCCUUCUCUGGAAGUAAAGUCAGAAGUACAAAACUGUCAGGUAAGUUCCUGCACCCCGACCUGGACUUCUUUGCUGUGCCGCCUGCUUUCUGCUCCAGCGUGGCCCACCACUGAGGACAGGGCGGGCCGGAGGGCUCGUGGGCCGCUGAGCGGCUCAGGUGGAGGGGGGCGAGGAGCCUUAGCUGAUGCCGCCAGAGCGAGAGGAGGACGGGGAGCCAGCUCUUACACACAGCCGAGAAGCUCUCUUAGCAGGGUGAGGGCAGACCCUAGACUAGAGACGCAGCGACAGGAGGGUGAAGGGAGUAUCAUGCUGGUUUCUCUGGAGGCCCCUGGAUCUCGGGCGAGGCUGGCCAGAGCAGGAGGAGGUGCGGGGCGCACAGAAGCCUGCUGGUCGCUUGGGCAUGUCAUCACCAUGGAUAUGAGUACUUGAUGUGGGGUUCCCGCGGACUCAGCGACGCCCCGUCCCACCUUCUGCUGGCUCGCUGAGCUGGGUGCCAGCAUCCGAGCUCCACGAAACACCGUCAGGGCUGAUGUCGACCCCUGACCUUCCCAGUGAGGGAAGCAUCUGUCUCUGAUCCCUUCACAGUGGGGCCCAGGCCAGUUAGCUCAGAUAUUUAAGACUAAAUUCGAGAGGUGCCUGGAGCACCAGUAGACUGACCUCGGUUCAGGCACCAGAGGCAGGGGUGCAAGCAGGAGCCCAGGGCUGCCCUCAGGGCGCAUGCCGGGGAGAAGGCAUGCCUGCUGCCUGCAGACGCAGACGCGGGGCAGCCCCCCGGCUGGUGCAGUGGGGGCGUGGCUAGUGUGCAGAGGCGCUGAGCUGCUGGUUUCAGGGGCCGUUAGCUUGGUCAGCACGUGUUGCACAUGCGGAGCACAGGCGCAGAGAAGUUGCCCAGAGCACCCGAAGCCCAGGACCCGCGCCGGCAUGUGUGUGUGCGGCUUUCCUGCACUGUACACUGAGGCCGUGAAGGCCCGGCCGCGGAAGGCACGCGGGCCCGUGGCCCCGGGUCUGCCGAGGAGGGGCGGACUGCAGGCCGCGGGCUCCGAGGCCCAGGGUCCCAGAGGCAGUCAAGAGCAGAGCGCGGUCCUUCCGUGGCCGGCGUGCUGCUUGCGGCUCCUCGCGUGUGUCUGUGUCGGGGGUGUGGUGCGGCGCCCCUCUGGGCCUGUCCUCCCGCCGGGCGGUCCUCAACCGCUGGGACAUGUGUGUCUCCUUACGAUCCGCAGGUCCCUGAGCACUGACUGCCCCCGCUGCCGCGUCUGCCCUGUUGGCGCAUGUUGGGUUCCUCCAGUGAAACUUUUCCUUAGAGACAUGCUGCCUCCCAAGUCCUUGUCCGCCACCAAACCCAAGAAGUCUUGGGCCCUAAACCUGUAUGAGCUAGACAGUGACUUGUCUGAGCCGGACUCCGUCCCAGGAGAAGGCGCCACUGACUCUGAGUUCUUUCAUCAGAGGUUUCGGAACUUCCUCUACGUGGAUUUCAUUGGGCCUCGGAAGACCCUUCUCAAACUCCGAAACCUCUGCCUCGAUUGGUUGCAGCCGGAGACUCGCACCAAGGAGGAGAUCAUCGAGAUCUUGGUCCUGGAGCAGUACCUGGCCAUCCUUCCGGAAAGGAUCAAGCCCUGGGUGUGCGCACAAAAGCCGGAGACCUGCGAGAAGCUCGUUGCUCUGCUGGAACAAUACGAGGAGAUGUACGAGCCGGAAGACGACAACAGCAGCGACACCCACAGCGAAGGCGGCAUGAGCCGGAGGGCCGCGGAGUCCCCACCGCCGCGCCCUGCCCUCCCCUGCUGCAGUGACCGAGACCGGGACCGGGACUGGGACCAGGACUGGGAGCGAGACCGGGAGCGAGGCCGGGCACGGGAGCGGGAGCGCCGCCGUGGCCGAAGCCGGGACAUGGAGUCACGGGACCGCUGGCCGUCCGUCCGGAGCCCCAGGAGCAGGUUUCACCAGCGGGAUCUUGCACUUCCUCUGGCGGAGAGAGCCAAGGAAAGAGAGCACAGACGCAGGGACUCCCUGCUGGAUUUGGAUGCCAGAUCCGAGGAGGCGGUGUUGUACCAGGACAUGGUGGCCCUCACCGAGGAUCGCAAGCCCCAGAACCCGAUUCAGGACAACAUGGAGAACUACCGGAAGCUGCUCUCACUGGGAGUCCAGCUUGCCGAGGAUGACGGCAACUCACACAUGACCCAGGGCCACUCGGCAAGGUCAAAGAGAAGUGCCUACCCGAGCACCAGCAGAGGUCUGAAGACGGCGCCCGAGACCAAGAAGUCAGCCCACCGGCGGGGCAUCUGUGAGGCCGAAUCCUCUCACGGAGUUAUCAUGGAGAAGUUCAUCAAGGACGUGGCCCGCAGUUCCAGGUCCGGGCGGGUGCGGGAGCCAAGUGAGCGGCCGCACCGGCUCUCCCGGAGGGCAGGCGGCGACUGGAAGGAAGCAUCGUUCAGCAGGAGGGAGGCGGGAGCCUCAGAGAGGGGCCCAGAGGGGGGCGCCUUUGGGGGAGGAGGCUUCAGCUGUAGCUCAGACCCGGUUUCCAAAAAGCGUGCUCUGGAGAGAAAAAGGCGCUACCACUUCGAUGUGGAGGGGCAGGGCCCAGUGCACGAUCCCAGGGGCGGAGCGAGGAAACGGCCCUUCGAGUCCGGAGGCGAGGCCCGCAGGGGUGCCAAGGCAGCGGGCGCCAGCAGCCUGAGCGCUCCGCCCGUGGCCCUGUCUCAGCCGCUGGACGUGGCGGCCAUGCCCUACGUGUGCGACGAGUGCGGGAGGUCCUUCGCGGUCAUCUCUGAGUUCGUGGAGCACCAGAUCGUGCACACCCGGGAGAGCCUGUACGAGUACGGGGAGUCCUUCAUCCACGGUGCCGCCGUCAGCGAGGCCCAGGGCAGGCCCGCGGGCGCCAGGCGCCCUGAGGGUGCGCAGGCCGCCGGCAACAGUGCCGGCCCGGCCGAGCAUCGGCGAGGCCAGGCCCGAGAGCACGUCGGGGGCAGUGGGGAUGAGGAGCAGGACGAGCCCUUCCUGCCCAGCCCCACCUUCAGUGAGCUUCAGAAGAUGUACGGCAAGGACAAGUUCUACGAGUGCAAGGUGUGCAAGGAGACCUUCCUGCACAGCUCGGCCCUGGUCGAGCACCAGAAGGUCCACAACCACGAGGACCGGGAGAAGGAGCGCAGCACGGGCGCCGUGAGGCGCACCCCCAUGCUGGGCGAGCUGCAGAGGGCCUGCGGCAAGGAGAAGCGCUACGAGUGCAAGGUCUGUGGGGAGGCCUUCCACCACAGCGCAGCCCUGCGGGAGCACCAGAAGAUCCACGGCCGGGGGAGCUCGGCCGACGGCAGGGCCCGAGCCUUCGAGGAGGCCUUCGCUCCUGGCCCGUCCCUGAAGAGGCGCCAGAAAACCUACUCCAGAGAGAAGCUCUGCGACUUCAGAGAGGGCGGCGAUGCCUUUGGGCGGAGCUCAGACUUCAUGGAGCACCAGAGGAUUCAUUCUCGGAAGAGCUACUUCGACAGCCGGGGGUAUGAGAAGCCGCUGCUCCACAGCAUGCCUAUGCCCAGCUCUCAGAAGAGUCACACAAUCACCAGGCCGCCCGAGGACGAGGAUGAAGAGAAGGCAUUCACUGCCAGUAGCAACCCUGAAGACGGCCAGGAGGCCCGGGCCUACGAGAGGAGCACCUACGAGAGGGCCAUCUUCCACAGCCUGGCCGCCUUCCGGCCUCCCCGCAGCCUCAGGGAGGAUGGAGAGCCCUCCACAUACCUCUCAGGCCUUCGUGACCCGCCGCAGAAGCCCCCAGCCUGGGAGAGCCCUUACGCCGGAGGCAGGCACAGCUUCUUCAGGAGCUCAGUCUUCUAUCGCGCAUCGCGCCCUGCCCCUCUGGACCACCUUGCUGGGGAAGGCCCCAGCGGGUGGAAGAGAGACGGCGAAGCCUCCAGCCCCAGCUCAGACGGCCACCAGCACCAGAAGGCGCGUGCCAAGAAGAAGAACAUUGAGCGCAAGAAUUAUGACGCCUCCAUGAUCCCCACCCUGCGUUUUGGUGAGCCUCAAACGUUUCGCCCGAGAGAGAGAUUUUACGAAUGUCCAGAGUGUGGAGAGUUCUUUGUCCGUAGCUCCGAGCUGGCUGAGCACCAGAAGAUCCACAACAGAAAGAAGCUCUCCGGAAGUAAGAGCUACCUACGGUCUGCCCUUCGCAGCCUGUCCUCCACUGACCCUCAGACCAGCUACCAGGGCCAGUCAGUGCAGAUAGGUUAUGCCCAGGAAGCAGCUCAGACCAGCUAUGCUGAACUAGCAGCUCAGACCAGCUAUGCUGAACUAGCAGCUCAGACCAGUUAUGCCGAAGAACCAGCUCAGACCAGUUACACUGAGGCACCAGCUGAGGGUAGUUAUACUGAGGAACCAGCUCAGACCAGUUGUAUUGAGGAACCAGCUCAGACCAGUUGUAUUGAGGAACCAGCUCAGACCAGUUAUACUGAUCCAGCAGCUGAGACCAGUUACUCCGAAGAACCAGCUCAGACCAAUUAUACUGAGGCACCAGCUGAGACUAGUUAUACUGAGGAACCAGUUCAGACCAGUUGUAUUGAGGAACCAGCUCAGACCAGUAAUACUGACCCAGCAGCUGAGACCAGUUACACUGAAGAACCAGCUCAGACCAAUUACACCGAGGGACCAGCUGAGGCCAGUUGUACUGAAGAACCAUCUCAGACCAAUUACACCGAGGGACCAGCUGAGGCCAGUUGUAUUGAAGAACCAUCUCAGACCAAUUACACCGAGGGACCAGCUGAGGCCAGUUGUAUUCAAGAACCAGCUCAGACCAGUUGUAUUCAAGAACCAGCUCAGACCAGUUGUAUUCAAGAACCAGCUCAGACCAGUUGUACCCAAGAACCAGCUCAGACCAGUUGUAUUCAAGAACCAGCUCAGACCAAUUACACUGACCCAGCAGCUGAUACCAGUUACACCGAAGAACCAGCUCAGACCAAUUACACCGAGGAAUCUGCUGAGGCCAGUUAUACUGAGGAACCAGCUCAGACCAGCUGUAUUGAAGAAGCAGCUCAGACCAGUUACAGUGACCCAGCAGCUGAUACCAGUUACACCGAAGAACCAGCUCAGACCAAUUAUACCAAGGAACCAGCUGAGGCCAGUUAUACUGAGGCACCAGCUCAGACCAGUUGUAUUGAGGAACCAGCUCAGACCAAUUACACCGAGGAAUCAGCUGAGGCCAGUUAUACUGAGGAACCAGCUCAGACCAGUUGUAUUGAGAAACCGGCUCAGACCAGUUACACUGACCCAGCGGCUGAGACCAAUUACACCAAAGAACCGGCUCAGACCAAUUACACCGAGGAAUCAGCUGAAGCCAGUGAUACUGAGGAACCAGCUCAGACCAGUUGUAUUGAGGAACCAGCUCAGACCAGUUACACUGACCCAGCAGCUGAGACCAGUUACACCGAAGAACCAGCUGAGACCAGUUACACCGAAGAACCAGCUGAGACCAGUUACACCGAAGAACCAGCUCAGGCCAGUUACACCGAAGAACCAGCUCAGGCCAGUUACACCGAAGAACCAGCUCAGGCCAGUUAUACCGAGGAACCAGCUCAGACCAGUUGUAGUGAGGAACCAGCUCAGACCAGUUGUAGUGAGGAACCAGCUCAGACCAGUUAUGCUGAGGAACCAGCUCAGACCGGUUGUAGUGAGGAACCAGCUCAGACCAGUUACAGUGAGGAACCAGCUCAGACCAGUUAUGCCGAGGAACCAGCUGAGGCCAGUUAUGCCAAGAAACCAGCUCAGACCAGGUACGACGAGGAACCAUCUCAGACCAGCUAUUCUGAGGAACCAGCUCAGACCAGUUACGCCGAGGAACCAGCUCAGACCAGUUACGCCAAGGAACCAGCUCAGACCAGUUACGCCGAGAAGCCAGCUCAGACCAGGUACGAUGAGGAACCAUCUCAGACCAGCUAUUCUGAGGAACCGGCUCAGACCAGUUAUGCUGAGGAACCAGCUCAGACCAGUUAUGCCGAGGAACCAGCUCAGAUCAGGUAUUUGGAGGAACCAGCUCAGACCAGAUAUGCGGAAGAACCAGAUCAGACCAGUUAUGCCGAGGAACCAGAUCAGACCAGUUAUGUCGAGGAACCAGAUCAGACCAGUUAUGUCGAGGAACCAGAUCAGACCAGUUAUUCUGAGGAACCAGAUCAGACCAGUUAUACCGAGGAACCAGAUCAGACCAGUUAUUCUGAGGAACCAGCUCAGACCACUUAUGCCGAGGAACCAGCUCAGACCAGUUAUUCUGAGGAACCAGCUCAGACCAGUUAUUCUGAGGAACCAGCUCAGACCACUUAUGCUGAGGAACCAGCUCAGACCACUUAUGCCGAGGAACCAGCUCAGACCAGAUAUGCCGAGGAACCAGCUCAGACCACUUAUGCCGAGGAACCAGCUCAGACCAGAUAUGCCGAGGAACCAGCUCAGACCACUUAUGCCGAGGAACCAGCUCAGACCAGAUAUGCCGAGGAACCCCCAGCUGAGACUAGUUAUGCCGAGCUAGUAGCUCAGAUUAGUUAUGCUGAACUAGCAGCUCCGACUAGUUAUGCUGAACUAGCAGCUGAGACCAGUUACUUUGAACCACCAACUCAGACUAGUUAUACUGAACCAGCUGAGACCAAUUAUGCUGAACCAGCAGCUCAGGUCAGUUUUGAUGAACCACCAGCUGAGGCUAGUUACGCUGAUCUAGCAGCUGAGAUCAGUUAUGCUGAACUAGCAGCUGAGACAAGCUAUGCUGACCUAGCAGCUCACAUCAGCUAUGAUGAACCACCAGCUGAGACUAGUUAUGCUGAGCUAGCAGCUCAGAUCAGUUAUUCUGAACCAGCAGUUCAGACUAGUUAUGCUGAGCUAGCAGCUGAGACCAGUUACUCUGAACCACUAGCUCAGACCAGCUAUGCUGAGCUAACAAGUGAGACCAGUUACUGCGAGCAGCCAGUCCUCAAUGAAUGUAAGGAGUGUGGAGAAUGCUUUGCCACCGUUGAAGACCUUGGCAGCCAUCAGAAAAUCUAUGCCCGGGAGAAGUUCCAUGAUGGGAAGCUGUUUGGAGAGCCCGUGAUGCAGGACCUGGGCCUGGAUGGGUCUCCGGAGGAAGAGCUGGAGGAGCAGGAGGAGCCCGAGGAGCCCGAAGACUCCAUCUAUGGCUGCAAGGACUGUGGGCUGGGCUUCGCGGACCGCGCGGACCUCCGGGACCACCAGAAGGUGCACGGCCGCCGGUGCCUGGUGGACUGCCGCGAGUACACGCACCCCGCGGUGCACAUGCCGCCUGUCAGCGAGUACCAGAAAGGCUGCCGCGGAGAGCAGCUCUACGAGUGCCCGGCCUGCGGGGAGUCGUUCGUGCACAGCUCGUUCCUCUUCGAGCACCAGAAGGUCCACGAGCAGGACCAGUUCUACGGCCACCGGCGGUACGAGCCCUUCACGCAGCCCCUGAUUGCCAGCCCGCGGCGGCCGCAGGCCCCACCGAAGAGCGCCCCCGCCGGGGUGGGCCCUCAGUGCCAGGUGUGCGGGCAGGAGUUCAUCCACGCCUCGGGCCUCAGCGAGCACGCCCGAGGCCACGCCGGCGAGGGCCUGCCUGAUCAGGGCCAGGGGGGCACGGGCGCGGCGGGGCCCGGCCCGGCGCCCACGGAGCCGCAGCAAGACCCGGGCGAGGAGCCGCGCUACGAGUGUGAGACCUGCGGCGAGUCCUUCCCCAGCCAGGCCGACCUCCAGGAGCACAUGCGCGUGCACGAGAAGGGCGAGCCCUACGACUACGGGGCCGCCUUCGUGCACACGUCCUUCCUCACGGAGCCGCCCAAGAGGGACUGGCCCUUCUACGAGUGCAAGGACUGCGGCAAGUCCUUCAUCCACAGCACCAUCCUCACCAAGCACCAGAAGCUGCACCUGCAGGAGGGGGGCGCGGCCGCCGCGGCCCAGGAGGCAGAGGCCCGCGUCCUCGUCCCCCGGGAAGUCCUGCGCAUCCGCGGCUCCAACGUGGAGGCGGCCGAGCCCGAGGUGGAGGCGGCCGAGCCCGAGGUGGAGGCGGCCGAGCCCGAGGUGGAGGCGGCCGAGCCCCUCGGGGAGGCCGAGGGCCCGGAGUGGGAGGCCGCGGAGCCGAGCGGCGAGGCGGAGCAGCCCCACGCCGAGGCCGAGCAGCCCGACAUGGACGCCGACGAGCCGGACGGCGCGGGCAUCGAGGACCCGGAGGAGCGCGCCGAAGAACCCGAGGGCGACGACGACGAGCCGGAUGGCGCGGGCAUCGAGGACCCCGAGGAGGAGGGCGAGGAGCAGGAGAUCCAGGUGGAGGAGCCGUACUACGACUGCGGCGAGUGCGGCGAGACCUUCCCCUCGGGCGCCGCCUACGCCGAGCACCUGACGGCGCACGCCAGCCUCGUCAUCCUGGAGCCCGCCGGCCUCUACGGCGAGGGCGCCGGCGACCCCGAGGGCGGCCAGCCCGACGCCGAGCUCUUCAAGUGCGACGUGUGCGGGCAGCUCUUCAGCGACCUCCUGUCCCUGGCCAGGCACCAGAACAGCCACACCGGCUGAGGCCCAGGGCCCCCCCUGGGACCCAACCCUCCUCACCCACACUCACCGGACCCACCGCGACCGCCCGGACUGCACCCACCCGACCUGGACUUCAGACACCCGGACACAGCCCCACGCCAGCUGAGGCUCGGCGGGCCGGGGCCUCCACUGGGACCGGGGCCUCCACUGGGACCCGGCCCCCCUCACCCACGCACAACCUGACCCACCGGCCUGGAUUCAGACGCUCGGCCCCAAGGUGCAGACGCCUGCAGCUCCCGUGUCCAGCACAGCAGGUACUGCGGGACAGCAGGGCACUCGGCCACUCUCCGCCGGGGCCUUCGCGGCUGCAGAGAGCGCCCGUCUGUGACAGCCCGGGACCUCGGCGCACUGCCUCCCGAGGUGUACACAGGACAGCCCAGCACAGUGAACUGGACCGAGUGUGACAGACACUGGUCGUUUACCUGCAGACACACCUCACCUGGUACUCUGGUUUUGCUUUUUUCUUUUUUUUGGAGGAGGAAGAGAGCAACAAAUUACAAUAUAUUUGUAAGCAUCUUAGAGCUUUAGAAAGAUUUAUUGUGCGCUGUUUGAACCUUAUCCGUAUCUUUUUGACUAACUGACUGUGUGGUUCCUUACUCUGCAUAACCCCCUCACGGUGUAGGCGUGAAAGUCAGAGCGUCUUGCCCGCUUCGCUGUGUGAAGGGAAGUCCUCUCUGCUCCCUUUUCAGCGCCUCGUCUACACCGACACUUCUGAAACCUCGUGCUGUGUAAGCCUUUACUGUAUGUGGAUUGGCCUUUUGUAACCUCGUUGGUUGGUUGCCACCUUGUAACUUUGCAGUGGGUCUCAUGCAAAAAACACUACAAGUUUUUGUUAUUUUUCUAACCCACCUUGAUGUCUCUUCGAUAGUGAAUUUUACAAAAGCCGAAGCUUUUCCCUGUGAGUCUUACAUCCUUGCCUUUAAAGAGUGGGUUGUAACCAUCACUAGAUCACGUGUGCCUAAUGAAGGUUGAGAACCACAGGGGGAGAGGGGGCUCUCCUGUUGUAAAUACGGUUGAGGGCCUACGGCUUCAUAACUUCCCUUUGCGCGCUUCCUGCCUUAAGUGACAAGCAGCAACGUGGCUUGGCCCCUCCGUGCCGCCACAUGGCAAGUUUGCACCCUGGGUGCCCAGGAGCUAGUAUCCUUAGAGCUUUCCAGCCUGAGACUUAAUCCUCCUCUCCACCUGUCUGACCCUCAACCAACCCCAUGUCUAACUUGCAUUUAAAAAAAAAAUAGAAAAAAGCUUUCUUUACAGCCAACUCGAGCUCGACACGGACUCAGGUUCCCCGGCAGCCUUAAUUUGCUUCGUUGCCAUCUGUCCCCCUCUCAGGUCGCGCCUUCCUGACAAGCACCCCCGCCGCCCUCAGAGCGGCUCCCGUCCCCACCGCCCCGGUCUCCCACGCUGCCGGCCCGAGCUGACCUCGCCGCUCUAGGGUCUCCUGCGUCCUGCCCUGUGCCCUCCCUUUGCUUCCCCGCCCCCUCUUCGCAUAAGGACUAUUAAGAAAUUUCUUGGCUUUGAGUUGGCUGGCAAAAAAAUUUAAAAAUUUUUUUUAAAACUUAAAAAAAAAAAAGAGGAUCUUGUAGAUGCAGUGAGCAGAAGCUAAGAGCAGAUUGUUUGGGAGAGCAGAGUGAGAAGACCUGCUCGAGAGCCGUGUCUGGACCCCACCCCUCUCCUAGGUCCCUGCCACGAGGGCUGGGGAAAGUGUGUCAGAGCUGGAGGGAACACCAAAGUCAGGGAGAGCCAAAGAUGGGGGUCCUGAUGCCUCACCAGACCUGCGAGGGCAGGGUCAGAUGGAAGGAACAUCGGAAGCAGUGACUGGAAGGCCCCGAUGGGGGAGGGUGAAUGAAUGAGCAGGGUGUCCUGGCAGUUAGGAGAAGGGGCCGCUUGGUGGCCCGGUGUCAAUGAGGGCAGCUGCAUCGCGAGACCCGGCGUUGGAACGGGCGCCCCGGAGCCCCAAGGGGCUGCGAGCUGGGAGCCAGCCUGCAGGGCGUGAGGGUGAACCUGGCGUUCAUCCUGUUGGCGGCACCAACUGGUAGAGUGUUUUCAGAGAGCCACCUGCUCAGCGUCCGUGCCAACCGUCCUUUGGUCAGUGAGCGAUCAGGAACAGCUGAUGAAUGCCAAAAAUAGGAGCAAGGUGGAGGGAAUGUGUCCGUGGACUCUGAAUGCAGCUGUCUCGAAAUGAUAAUCAUGGAGAGUUAUGUAGUGACGUGGAGAUAUAUUUACGGAAUACCAAGUGGAGAAAGCAGGACACAGAAUUAUAUUUAUACUACAAUUAUAGCUGUUUAAAAAUGUAUGCUUAUAGUCAAAAGCUGUGGUGGUGGUGCUGUUGUAGGCUUAUAGUUGAGCAUUAUUUUCUUAAAUUCCUUGAAUGUUCUUUAUGAUAGUGUUAAUCAAAAGUUUAUAAUCACGUUUCCAUUGUGAACAUAAUUUGAGCUCAUUAUUCAGGCAUUCAGAGAAUACAGAAAAGUGGAGGGGGAAAAAAAAUCCAUAUACCCACCAUCCAAAGAUGACAGAUAUACUCCUCACUAUAUUGUGUAUUCUUUCUGUGCACAGGCUUAGAACUCUGCCCCAAACGUGUACUCAGAUUAAGUGUUCCCUUUGUGGAAUUAUGGUUAAACACUUCCAUCUUAAUGUUUUCAGAUGGCUCUUAAAAUAGUUUCCUGAUAACAAAGUUUAUUAUGCUUGCUUCAAUUAGCAAGCAUAAUACACACCCAGAGGAAUAAUUGGAAAAUACAAAAUAAAUUAGAAAAGAACAAAAAAGUCGCCCAUAUUCCCAACACCCAACAACUACUGUUAACAUCUUGAUCUGUUUCCCCCAUCUCAUAUCGGUGCACAAGCUUGUGAUUUAUGAUCGUGGUGAAUAUGUGUUCAUAAAGUCUAAAAUGAAAAAGAAAUUACAGAAAAUAAUUAAAAGUAGUGUUGUCAUUGUGGGAUUAUGGUUAAUUAUCUUGUCUCAAAUUUCUUGAAUGAUCUUUGGUGUUUUGAGUAUUCAAUCUUAUGUAUGUUUUUCCAUUAAAACUCUUUAAUACAUACUUAUGGCAUACUUUGGGGGAGAUUUAGUAAAGCAAAAGAAAUUCACGCAUAUUCCCGACACCCAACAAUCAUUGCUGUUAAACCUUGAUCUGUGCACAGUCAGGACCGGGGUGUCUGUGGUGAGAAUGCAGAGGGUCGAAGAGAAGAAGCAUGGAAAGCAGGGAAGAAACGGUUGUGUGGUCUUGGCCGGCGUGACGGCUGUGGGGCGCGCCUUCCUGGAAGGCCUGUCUCGUUGUGUUCCGGUCACCGCAGUGUCCGGCACUUGCAGAAGUGUGGGAGAGAGGCGUGCCCCCGCUGCCGCCACCCAAAGACCCGGGUAACAUCUGGACGCGCUUUCUUCGCCUUGUUUCUGUGCACAGGUUUUUGGUUUGUUAGUAUGGUUGUGGUCGUUCUGUCUGUAAUCGUGUCACCAAUAAAAAUAAAGUUGAAAAUAA